AUGAUUUACACUGCUUUAUCUGAAUCAUUCAGAGGACAUCUGCGUCCAGUUACUGCUAAAUCAUUCCUGUCGCAGUACCAGGCAUUAAAUAAUACAUUUGAAGAAAAUGGAAUCAAGAAAGCGCAAGAGACUGAUGAUUUUAAGGAGCUAAUUUCACUUAAAACACAAUACGAUACAAAUGAAAAAUCAGCGCAUAACAAUGCAGCAUCUAAUUUCACACCCGAUGUUAUGCCAAUUGAGAAAUAUAGAUGCUGUGUGCUUUCUGACAACGAUAGACCAGUUUACUACAACGCUGUCAUUCUGCAGUCGUUCACGAGACCGGAUGGACUCAUCAGUGCCCAGUACCCACUUAAGAACCAGUGUGAAGAUUUCCUGUAUCUUGUGAAAGAAAGCAGAGCUGGCACUGUUAUUUUUCUGGGACCUCUUGAAGAUUUACCCUCGACAAAGGUGUGGUUUCCAUCAAAGAAUGAUAGCAAAGUUGUAGGAAAGUUUACAGUAAAAAUGACUAAGUGUCACCCCUCAGAUGCUAUCACCAAAACUAAUAUCAUUAUUCAAGGAAAGGGAUUCCAUGACACCCGUAUUUCUGUUUUGGAAUGCAACUUCUGGAAAGGUGAAGCUUUAACUGCCGAUUGUAGGAAAGUUCUUGAUGCAAUCAAUGAAACAAAACUGGAAGAGAGGACGCACUCGAACAAUAGAACACUGGUCCUUUCAAGUGACGGGGCCCAGCGUUGUGGUCCAUUCUGUGUCGCUUACAAUGCAAUAGAGCAACUUAUUCUCGACAAGGAAGUUGAUAUCUUUACAGCUGCACGUCUGAUACAAAUUCGUAGACCAGAAUUUAUCUCCACUUUCGAGGAAUAUCAAUUCUGCCAUGAACUCGUAGCGGAAUAUCUGCAGAGCGAUACAGUCUAUGCCAACUUUUGAUUUUACGUACCAGCACACUUUUAAAGUUUUAUAUAUAUAUAU